AUGGAGUCGGUGAUUAGAGAGUCCAAGGACAUACUUUUCCUCAGUUAUGCAGACGAUACCUACAUCAUUGGACCAGCGGCUAGAAUCUGUGAGGCUUUUGGGGUGCUGCGGGAGCAGUUGGAGUGGGUGCGGCUGGAGGUGCAGGCGCUCAAGUGCCGGUUUUGGGAGUGCGAAGGCGGGGAUGCGGAGUGGGCACUGCCAUUGGGGAUGCAGCGGGUGGAGGAGGGUCUCACUGUGGUGGGCGUACCUAUUGGGGAGGAGGAUUGGGAGGCGUGGCAGCGGCAGUUGGCUGUAGAGGAGCUCCAGACACUGCGCCGCUCGGCUCGUGACGAUGCCACCCUGGCCCGUUUCACAUCCCUUCAGGGCCCGGGGGUUGGUGCAUGGGUCCCGGCUCACUCAGAUCUCACAUUCACUGCGGCGGAGUGGGGCAUUGCUGCUGCUAUACGGCUCGGGCUCCCAAUUCAGCAGCUGCAGGUUGCGGGGAGACGUCAGGGGGGGGUGGUGACGAUGGAGGAUAGUGUGGUGCUGCCGGGGAAGCGGGUUGACAAGGCGGUGCGACGACCAAUGGCCGGGGAGGUUCACGCUCUAGUGAUCAGCGUUGCGGACCCGCUAUUGUUGUCUCCAUCUCUGGUAGGACAGUGCGGUCGUUCUAUUGGUGUGGCGGCAAGGGAGUGGGAGCGUCGCAAAACGAGUGAUUACGCGCCUCUGCUUGCACGCAACCGGGGCGUGCAGUUCACCCCUUUGAUAGUAGAGAUGUGGGGGUGUCUUGGCGGGUGUUUCCGGCGGUGGUUUCGACGACAGGGGGAUGCGCACGUGGGGCUAGCCGUGUUACGGGGGGCUUGUCAAGAGGAUGACUUUUCGUUUUCGGCUUAUCUUUUGAGGUCUCUGAAGGCGCUCAUUGGGGUAGCUUUACAACGGGUGCAAGCUCGUGUCAUCCUGCUUCGAGCGGCGUCUUCUAUGGGGGGGAUUAAUGUGGACUUGGUGGACCGGGAGAAGGACGACGUCGAGGAGGAAGAUGAGCUAAUUCGUUUGGUACGGGAGUUCGGCGGCAAGACCGAGUUGGGCAGCGCACCUGUUGAUGGCGGAGCAAGAGCGGUCACCCGAAUUCCUGCAGGCACAGCAGCGGCAUACAUACGAGUGAAGGAGUUCUACCUUCAGCGUGGAUUGUGUAACCGGAUGGCACUCUCUGAGGAGCUCUCUUCAUUGAAGAUGAAAGAGGGGGAGGGGGUGGCUGCAUACUGGGCGCGUGCCGAGGACUUGAGGUCCAAGUACUUGGCUGCAGGAGGAAAGGAGGAGGUUGAGGAGUGGAUGAUGAGGGUACUCAAAGGACUACCUCCUCACUUUGAGAUGCUGAAGGUGGUGUUGAACAACCAGUCAUCAUCGCUCACUAAGGAUCAGCUGCUUACCUCCUUGAGGAGCGAGGAGAUGCGGAUUGGUGUCGCACCAAGAUCGGAUGGUGUAGCCACAUUUGGAGCGGGUACGAAAGUGGGCAGCAGCGGCAGGGGAAAUUGGGUCAAGGGAGGAAAGCAUGGAGACAGCGGUAGCAGCAGUGACACCAACUCGGGCAGAUGGGGUCAAGGGAAAGGCAAAGCGGGAGUGCUUGAUUUCCCUUGGGGGUCCAAGGGCAUGGCUCCUCGGGGGUUGUGUCAUGGCUGUUGGGAUGAGGGACAUGCAUGGCAGCGAUGUCCUCAUCGACCUAAGGGAGGCAUUCCGGCAUUCUUAAAGCGGGGGGGUCGUGGGUCCAACGGCAAGGCACAGGUGGCGGAUGAGGAGGAGCAGGAUGACAAGGCAGAGGCAGUGGUUGGAGAAGCAGUUGCAGCAGUGGGAGAGGAGCAGCCGCGAGAGGGGUGGUGGAUUGACAGUGGGGCCAGCCACAACUUUACUCCUUAUGCAUCGGACUUCAAAAGUAAGCUUCAACCACCAGAGGUUCGGGGAGUUAGAUUGGGAGAUGGACGGGUGGUGAAAGCUGUUGGCAUGGGUGAGGUGCCAGUGGUUGGUGCUGGAGGUCAGCUGCUGAGGAUUCAAAAGGUCCACCUUGUGCUUGAGAUGCAGACGCGUCUGCUGUCAGUCCCACACCUCACCUCUCGAGAUGUCAUUGUCACAUUCAAAGGCAAGAGAUGUGUCCUUCAACGGGGGGAGCGGGUGUUGGCGAUUGGAGAAAAGGAGAGGGGAAGGGACCAUGGAUUGGUGCGGAUGUUUCUUCCUCUUGCUCAGGGCACACAGGGCAGUGCUCUUGCAGCUAAGUCGUCCUCCUCAUUUUCCCCAUUGACCCUUGCCCAUCGCCGCCUUGGUCAUACCGCCCCCACAACAUUGCAACAGAUGGCUCGGGGGAACAGUGUACUGGGCUUGGAGAUUGGGGGGGGGAACACUGAUUGUUCCCCAUGUGAGCCCUGCUUAUUGGGAAAGUCGGCUCGGAAGCCGUUUCCCCAUGAGGCAUCUCGGGCACUUGGGCCUUUGGAUGAGGUCCACAUGGAUUUGUGGGGGCCGGUGCGCACACCAUCACUGGGAGGAGCGGUGUAUGUCCUCAGUCUCAUUGACGACUUCACCAGACGAGUUUGGUCGUUCCCCCUCCCCAACAAGGAAUCGGCCAUAGUUGCAAAAGUCCUUCGCCAGUGGCAUAAGGACGUGGAGUUGGAGUGUGGGCGGAAGCUGAAGGCUGUUCGCUCGGACAGGGGUGGCGAGUUCUUGGGGGAAGCUGUAAAAGCAUGGAAGGCGGAGUUUGGCAUUAAAACUCAAUUGAGCGUCGCAGAUACACCGCAACAGAAUGGGGUUGUGGAGAGGUGGCACAGGACGAUGGCAGAGGGGAUUCGCACAUUGUUGGUCGACAGUGGUCUCCCUGCUCGCUUGUGGGGUGAAGCAUUGAUGUGGGUCGUGUGGGUUAAGAACAGGGUCACCCACAGUGCUUUGCCUGCCUCCAUCACACCAAUGGAGGCGUGGUCCGGCCAGAAGCCGCAUGUGGGCAUGGCUCGGAUUUGGGGUUGCAUGGGGAGUGUCAUGUUGCAUGGGCAUGAGAAGGGUGGCAAGCUUGAUGCACGGGCUGUCAUGUGUGUCUGUGUUGGGGUGGACAUGGAGAGCAAGGGUUGGCGCAUGCUGGACCCUUCUAUCAUGCGCAUUCGCAUUGCUCGGGAUGUUGAUUUCCUUGAGAAUGUGAUGUGGAAGGAUUGGGACAAGGCAAAGGAAUUUGGGGAGCUUCUGCAGGAUGCAGCUGCAAUUUCCCAACUCCUCCCUCUUCCACUCUCGCCACCUUCAGCAACGGCUCACGACGUUGAGAUGCCACUUUCACCACUGCCACCGGCACCGCUGAGUGUGUCGGUGCAGCAGCAGCCCACCCCUCUGCAGCAGCUCAGUGGCCCCUCGGUCAUUCAGCGGAGAUCCGCUACACAGGCUACUUCCUCUUCCUCCUCCUCUGGUCAGCGCUCUAUCCCUCUCUCUACGGGUGCCCCUCCGUCACCAGCGACUACCUCCCCACCACCGGUUACGGGUUUGCAGGUGCUUGGUAUCCAGUCUGGUACAGGUGGUGAGGAGGUAGGGGGGGAUGCUGGUGUGGUUGAGGGCAUGCUAUGUUUGGCCAGGGAGGUGGAAGGUGUUGCACUGGCAGGUGUGAGCACAGGUCAAGGAGGUGCUUGCUCAGAGGUACCAGAUGAAGGAUCUAGGAAUGGUACUUGGUCAACUGAGGAAGGUGUUGCAGCUGAUGUCAAGGUGUACCAGAGUCUCAUUGGCAGCUUGAUGUAUGCUGCUGUGACCACCCGUCCUGACAUGUCUUUCACUGUCAACACCCUUGCACAGUCCUGCGUGGCACCAAGACGCAUUCACAUGCGCGCUGCACUGAGAGCACUCAGCUUGCAGCUGCAUGAGAACCUGGAGCGCAUCGGCAUGCGAGUGAUUGCUGCGAAGGCCAAGGCUUCAUUCGCUGGAGGGGUUGUAUUUUGA